GUUAUAUAUUGGAUUGAUUAUAAUUAUUAAAUAUGGAAAAAUGGAAUAGUAGUUGCCGUGCUUGCCUAUCGACUUCGGAAUCCUUCACAUACUUCUUAUAUGAAAAUAUUUCGCCCGAAGUCUAUUGGUUUUGUACUUCCCUUGAGGUAAAAGAAGAUACACUUCCAAAAUCACUUUGCAACAAUUGUUAUGGUUUACUUACCAAAUUUUCAGAAUUCAAGAAGUUAUGUAUAGAAUCAGAGAAUAUAUUAUAUAAUUUUUUUAACAAUAGUGAGCCGGAAAACAAGAAUUAUCUUAAUUUAAAGUCAGAACUUGAAGGAAAUGAAUAUGAGGAAAACCUUGGAAGUAAUGUAUUUGUGAAGAAUGAAGAUUUGGGUGAUAUAGAUGAUAUAGAGACAGAUUUUUGCAAUGAUGUUUAUGAAGAAGACAGACAUGAAAAAGUUACUUGCAACACAAAAAUACAUAAGACAGAAACUAGAAAAAAAUAUGCAAAACCAGUAUCAAAAUUAAAGAAGUCAAGGAAAAAGUUUGAAUUCACAUGUGAACUGUGUUACAAAAAGUUUGGCUUUAAAGAGCGGUAUGAAGCACACCUGCUGGAACAUGAAGGAAAAACGGCUUCAAUUUACUGUACCCCAUGCAACAAAACAUUCACAACCUGGGGAGGUCUGAAGCGGCACAACGACUGUGAACAUACACAGCUGAGCCUCGACCAACUAACCUGCAAGUUGUGCUCCAAGGUGUUUAAGAGCCCUCGCACACUGGCGAUACAUCGCACGACCCAUGGGGAGAGGAAGCUAAGAAUAUGUGAUAUGUGCGGAAGGGGUUUAAAAGUAAUUUGACUUUGAAGGCUCACCUAGAAACACACAUAGAAAACCGCGAGCGUCGCUAUACCUGCCAACAUUGCGGCAAGAAGUUUUUAAGCAAAAAGACGUGCGCGUCCCAUGCAGCCCGCCGCCACAGCGACCGCCGCUAUAUCUGCCACCACUGCAACUACCCCUUCACCGACAAAAGCAACCUCGCCAAACACAUCCUGGUACACGAAGGAAAACAACUACUUCACAAAUGCGAUCUAUGUCUCAAGACUUUCGCCGCACAUUCGUCUCUAGUCAUACACAAGAGAAUACAUACUGGCGAAAAACCAUUUGCCUGCAACUUUUGCCCGAAGAGCUUUUCAAAUAAACGAAUGUUAGUGGACCAUCAUAGGAUACAUACGGGUGAGAAGCCGCAUAAGUGCGCGGUGUGUGACCAGAGCUUUACGCAGCGCGGGACUAUGAAACGGCAUAUGAAGGUGCAUGAAAGGAUAUGCACAUAAUUGACAUAAUAAAGAUUGAACAACGUAGGAAGUUAUAAAAGAAGUUUUCUCAAUUAAUAGAAAACGAUACAAGAAUUAGGCGAUUCCUUUAUUUAUGGAAUAUACCUAUUUUUUU